AUGUUAAAAAGUGUCAGACCUCAGUUGAGGAGCAUUCAGGAUAUCAGUUAUCAGGUAUGGAUUCUUCAGGAUCAGAUCCUCAUAGAAGUCCCAAGGAAGCACCAUAUGACUCCAGUCACUAUUGCCUUAAUCUCAUGUCAACAUGUGGAGACCCUUGUGAAAGACAGAGGGAACCCCAUCUACCUGAGACUGAAUGAGCUCAAGCUCUGCCUGAUGUGUGCUAAGGUCAGAGAGCAGCCUGAGCUGCAGCUGAAGAUGAGUGAUAUAAUGGAUUUGUAUGAUGAACCCAAGCCUGUGAAGCUGUUUCUCUUCUACCACAGUCAGAGUGGCAGAAGCUCCACCUUUGAGUCUGUGGCCUUCCCUGGCUGGUUCAUUGCUGUCAGCUCCGAAGGAGGCUGUUCUGUCAUCCUUACCCAAGAACUGGGGAAAGCCGACACCACUGACUUUGGGUUAACCAUGCUGUCUUAAGAUACAUUCCUCUGUGAUAGUGUAUCAAAGACCUUUUGGAUUCUGACAAGGAGAAGCAGAUAUGGAUGUUCCAUCGGAAAGUGGAGUCCCAUAAAGAAGGCUGCACCGCUCCUGGGCUUGGCUCAUGUCUCAGUGAAGUGAUAUACGCUGGUGCUGCUUUGGGUGAAGAGCUGCUGUUGUUUAUGAAGCUUUCACCUAAAGUGUUAUCACUGGA